AUGCUCACCUCGGAGCCUACCCUCAAACGCUCCUCCUCGUCGCUCUCAGCCCAGAAAAAUGGCCCAGAUGCUAAGCGCCUAAAGCGCCCCUACCAUCAUCACCACCGUCUACAGAAUCCCGUCAACCCAGCCAUCCCGGAACCCGCGAUCUCAGAUGCCUCCUCGGUCGACCAUUUGAUGAAACGCUCUAUCGGGCAGUCUCUACGACAAUCUGGAUUCGACCUGGCUGAUCCGGUUGCGCUGGAUGGAUUCCACAAUGCCGCGGAAGAAUAUCUUCUCAAGUUCGCCUCAUAUAUCCGUCAGUCGAUGCUAUCGAGCCGUCGCAUCCAGCCUAUACCCCAAGACUUCGAACAUGCGUUGAAAAGACAUUCCCUGCGCCUGGACGACCUCAUCCCGCACACUAAGCCUCCCCCGACCUCUGAGCCGAUUCCUACACUCCUACCCAGUCCUCCGCCGGAAGACGACUCCUUCAAAACCCUGCCCUCUCUCGGACCCCAGCUGAGCGGCGAAGACGACCGAGUGCGAAGCGCACACAUCCCGAAACAUUUCCCGGAAUUCCCGAGUAAACAUACCUACCGGCACACGCCCGUCUUUACAGAAAGAGAACAAGAUGCGCGGAAGAUCCGCGAGCGCGCGACGGAGGACGGUCGGCACGGAGAAGAAGCCCUGCGCAAGCUGGCUCGCGCAGCGUUCAAGGACAAUCAACUUGGAGCGGCCGGUCGCGACAAGAAAGCAUGGGGCAAGAGAACGGAGAGCAUGGAUAGUAUGUUUGAAAAGACGAUCAAGGCCAUGUUGAAGAAGACGCCCAAGGGCCUGCCCGCGCCGGGAGCCUCAGGGCCCAUGGAAAUCGACUCCGGGGCUGCCGCCGAUGCAGAUGUCAAAUCGGCUCGGAACAAGACGGCUCUCAGCAUCGAGCUGCCACCGAUCAUCAACUGCGAACGAGAUCUUUGGCGCAAGUCGACGGGAUCGCGGGAUCGCAGACCAGAGGAGAAGACCCCCGGGUCGAAGGACAAUCCGAAUUUACCCCGAGUGGAGAACUGGGUGAGCACAUAA